AUGAAAGUCUUGCAGUUUUGCCACUCCCUCCAUGGGGGGUAUUUCAGGGAGAGAAGGCUGGGGGCCAUUUUAAGGACAGGACUGAAGUCCUUUAGCACAGAGAGUGACUCCUAUGGCAGCGGUGAAAGGCUGUACAACUUCGGCUUCAAAAAAGUCACAGAAGAGAUAAAGUCAAAGCUCGUUUACAACUUAUUCAGCCAUGUGUCCAACAAAUACGACCUGAUGAAUGACUUGAUGAGUCUCCGCUUGCAUCGCUGUUGGAAGGACCAGCUGGUGAAAGAGCUGGAUUUAUUUUUAAAAUAUCAUAGCUACAAAAUGCAGGAAGAAAUUCACAAAUGGGAAGCAAAGUGUGUAAGUCAGAAUAGGAAAGGGGAAGAAGCCGCAUCGUGGGAAGCGGCCUCCGACGGGGAGACCUCCCCCAGCGAGGGAAAUUACUUCCGUGACGGAGAAGGCCAAACCGGCAGCGCUCCAAGGCACCAAAGGGCACACCCGAGUGAAGCAAUAAACGAAGGGGAGGAAAGCUGCGCCAAUUGUUCCACCUGCAAAAUAUUAGACCUAGCUGGAGGCACAGGAGAUAUAGCCUUCCGAAUAUUAGAAAGGUACAAAUACUUUUUGGAGAAGAUAACCCAGGGAAGCUCUUCCCAUGGGGGGCAAGGCCAUCCCGAUAAAGUUUACUCAAGGUUCACCCCCGAAAUAAUCGUGGCCGAUGUGAAUAGAGACAUGAUCCAAGUAGGGAAGAAACGAGCAAAGGAAAGGAAUUACGAGAGCAACAUCAAAUGGGUAAUUCAAAAUGCAGAGAAUUUAACCUCCUUUGACGACAACUCAAUAGACAUUGUUACCCUCUCCUUUGGCAUUCGAAAUUUUACGAACAUUCCAAAAUCGUUAAGAGAGAUCCAUCGUGUUCUGAAACCUGGGGGAAGAUUCUUAUGCUUAGAAUUUAGUAAGGUCAAUUGUGCCUUUUUCAAACCGAUCUAUAAUGCUUAUUUAUCCAACUUCAUUCCCCUGCUCGGAAAGUUUGUAGCAAGCAGUGAAGAUUCUUACAAAUAUCUAGCGGAGAGUAUUCAGACGUUUUUAACUCCUGAUGAGUUGUCACAGCUUAUGUACCAAAACUCUUUUCGGAACAUUUCCUACUCGAGUAUGACCAUGGGUAUCGUCGCCAUUCAUUCUUCUUACAAGAUUGUCUAA